AUGGCCAAGUAUCGCAUCGGCGUCGAUGUCGGCGGCACCAAUACCGACGCUGCCAUCAUCGAUAUCCUCGCUACUGGCUCUCCCUCGCGCGGUGUGUGCGCGUCCACCAAAACCCUGACGACCCCGGACGUGACAUCUGGGAUAUAUACUGCCAUUCAGGAUGUAUUGGAGCAGUCCCAUGUCGAUAUACAGGAUGUUGUUAGUGUCGCGAUCGGCACGACGCAUUUUGUCAAUGCGGUCGUCCAGGCUGACUCGAGUCGUCUGAGUAAAGUCGCUGUCGUGCGGCUUUGUGGUCCCUUCACGAAACAGGUGCCGCCUUUCGUGGAGUUUCCAUCCGAUUUGAAGGGGAUCAUGGGCGGUCCGGUGUUUUACUUGGAUGGUGGCCUUGAAAUCGACGGGCGCGAAAUCGCACCAUUGAAUGUAGAGCAGAUUAAAGCUACCGUGCAGAGCAUUCAAGAUGCAGGCAUCAAGAUGGUCGCUCUUCUCGGCGUGUUUUCACCAUUGGAUCACAAUGGGAUCCACGAAGAGACCUGUAAACAGCUCAUGCUCGGCUUCGACCCCUCGCUAUCCGUCGUCUGCUCGCAUUCGAUCGGUCGCAUCGGCUUCCUGGAGAGAGAAAACGCGACGAUCCUCAAUGCCUCCAUUCUUGCCUUCGCCCGUAAAACGGUGCGAGCGUUUUGCAACGCAAUGGCCAAACUGCAACUCUGUUGCCCGUUGUAUCUGACCCAGAAUGAUGGCACCUUGACUGAUGCGGCCACAGCGGCUGAAUUGCCCAUAAAGACCUUUGCCAGUGGGCCGACGAACAGCAUGACCGGCGCGGCCUUCCUUGCCUCCCUGGAUCGGGGUGGUUCUGCGAAACAAGCGGAUCAGCAGGUGUUAGUCGUUGACGUCGGUGGAACGACUACGGACGUCUGCGCACUGCUUCCAUCGGGCUUGCCUCGUCAGGCACCGAACUUCGUGGAGGUUGGAGGCGUGCGGACUGCGUUCUCAAUGCCAGAGGUUCUGUCGGUUGGGCUCGGUGGUGGCAGUCGUGUGGGUGUGGAUGAACAGACGGGGGUUGUCAGUGUUGGGCCCGAGUCUGUCGGCCAUUAUCUCACUACUCGUGCCAGAGUAUUUGGUGGUGAUGUGCUGACUGCAACGGAUAUCGUGACAGCAUCUGGAAAGGCCGAGAUUGGAGACCGCAGGAAGGUAGAAGACAUUCCUGCGCAGGUUGUCACCAAAGCGCGCCAACAGAUUCGGAAGAUCCUCGAACGUGCUAUCGACGGUAUGAAGAUCUCCAACCAGCCGGUUGUGCUGCUGCUUGUGGGUGGUGGCUCAAUCGUUCAUAUGGACGCUUUGAAUGGUGUCGCGGAGUGCAUCAUGCCGCCACAUCAUGACUCUGCGAAUGCUGUUGGUGCAGCCAUUGCGAAAGUAGCUGGGGAGAUAGAUGUGAUUGAGUUACUAGAGGGCCGUGAUGAGAAGCAGGUGCUCGAGGCAGCGAAACAACGAGCUAUUGAUGCAGCUGUUGCUCGUAGAGCAGAAAAGGAAGCGGUUAGCAUUGCUACAAUCGAGAAGAUCCCUCUUGCAUAUGCUACGAACAAGGCGACACGGAUUGUUAUCAAGGCUAUUGGGAACCUUGCCCCCGUGGAUUUUGACCAUGCACCACAGCCCAAGGCUCUAGAGGGGAAUGUAUAUGACGAACUAGAAGCAAACGAGGAAGAGCCCAUACAGACGGACAAACCGCGUGAGACAGCUCAUUUCGCGGCGAAGCCAUCGCUCCAGAUCGAUUUAGAUACAUAUAAACCCGACGUCCGCAACAACACAUGGUACAUAUCCCCCGUCGAUCUAGAGCUUAUGGCCGCCGGCACAGGAGUCCUAGGAACAGGCGGUGGUGGUCCCUCCCGGAUACAAUAUCUCCAUUGCCUCCAGUUCCUUCAAUCUCCGGGAUAUGCGGGAAACAUGCGGGUCGUCAAGCCUGCAAGCUUAAGAGACUCAGAUAUAUGUGUCAUGGGCUCGUGGUUCGGUGCCCCUAGUGUAUCCAGCGAGCGUCUCUCAGCAGGGACAGAACUGGCCCUCGCGAUUGAAAGCUGCGCGCGCAUCACCGGCAAGAAGGAUUUCCACGCCAUCGUCACAGACGAGAUUGGAGGCGGGAAUGGUUUAUCGGCAUUCCCCUCCGGCGUGAUGUACGAUAUUCCGGUGGUCGAUGGGGACUUGAUGGGGAGGGCAUAUCCAACACUUGAGCACUGUACGCCAUACGUCUAUGGGCUCUCCGCCACUCCAUGCGCUGUCGCAGAUGGCAGAGGGAAUGUAUCAAUCAUUUUACACGCUGAAAGCAGCCGUCGCGCCGAGACAAUGGCACGAAGUCAAUGCGUUGAUCUAGGAAACAAGGUCGCCCUGUCGACUGCACCGCUUACCGGCGCGGAGACCAAGAAAUACAUCAUACCGAACACCAUCUCCCAGGCGUGGUACAUUGGGAGAGCCGUGUAUCGUGCUCGGCAAUCAAAGGCAGACAUGAUUGAAGCUAUUUUCGACACCUCGCCCGGAAAACUCCUAUACACUGGCAAGGUCAUCGAUGUCAAACGAGAUGUUAGCUGCGGCUACACAAUGGGGUAUUGUCUGCUUGCGCCUCUUAGUAGUGACGAACGGGAGAUUGCUAUUUCUUCUAGCUGUCGUGAUGGUAUGCUAGAGGAGAGUCGCUGCUUGUUUAUUCCCUUCCAGAAUGAGUUUCUCUAUGCCGCUUAUACGGACCCUGAUGCUCCAGAGGACCUACCCAAGCAAGAAGUCAUCUGUACUGUCCCUGAUCUGAUUUCGAUACUGGGACAUGAUGGCGGGGCGAUUGGAUCGCAGGAACUCCGAUAUGGUCUCAAGGUUAAUGUAAUUGCUAUGGCAGCGCAUCCGCUGUGGACGACAAAAGAGGGACUGGGUAUUGGUGGUCCGCAGGGAUUUGGAUUGGAUAUGGAAUGGACGAAGUUGGGGGAGUACUGGGAGCCGAGGAGUGUGAUUGAUGAGUUCAAUAGAGCUCAGUAG